AUGCAAGAAGUGUAUGCCGUUUGUGAUCUUUAUCAAGCCGAGUUAAGAGAAGCAGUAUGCGGGCAUAACCUGCUGUCGUGCCGUACAGCAGGUUCUUUCCACGAACGUUAUAGGAGCGAGAGCAACGAGACUCUCUAUAAGAAGACCAGAAUCUUCGCCCCGAAUCGAACCGUGAUUGAAGUUUUCGCAUGGGUCGCCACGAUGCUGGCGUUCUCUGGCAUGGGCACAUGGAUUGGCUCCCAUGGCAUCAACACAAUUGUUGAUAUGACCGUCGGUGCACAAUUCACCACUUUGACAGCUUAUGUGAUUCUGCCGGCAGUUACGAUGUCAACUCUGCUGAAGUACGAACGAAGCUGUUUCAAUGACGUCACCAUUCGCUUUAUGUUGCUGACAUCGGCUGCCAUCCAAGGGCUACUCAUUGGCAGUGUUCAGGAUCCCAAGUAUCUCCAAAACGAACCUAUCACCUUCGUAACCCCUGUUGUAUUUGCCCUCGUCUAUGCGGUAUGUACG